AUGGACUGUGAGCUCAAAGCCUCUGGCGGCGCCUGGCUGAGCAUGCAGCUGACCCUUGAUAUAGCUGCCCACGCCGAGGACCUCUCAAUACGCAUCAAAACCUCGAGCAUGCCGACCCUUCUCGAAUUGCCCCGCGAGUUACGCGAUCUCAUCUACGAUCACUACUUCAGCGUCGACGGCGGAUACGUACACGAUUUCGCAUCGAACAAACUCAGGCAGGCGGAUGGUCAAAACAUUGAGCUUUCUUUGGUGCUUGUGUGCAGGCAGAUCGCCGACGAAACACGCGCACUUGGGCUACGUAUCAACACACUUCGCUUCUCGACAUUUCAUUCAGACGCCACCCAGGUGCAGGCCGGUCUGCUCCACGCCACUCAUGAAAGCAUCAAUAAACGCAAAGUGUCGCUACUAAAUGCGUCGGCUCCAGACCUCCUCAGUUCGGAGGAUGCACAGACAAUAAAGAUCAAGUAUCCGCAAUUCGCCCCGAUGAUUGACAUCUGGCGCUCUCAUGGUGGUCUUCGUAUACUCGAUAGGAGCGACGUAGACUGUGGCGAAGCGCCGUCAAUUUGGCGUGAUUUCGUGGCGUUCACCUUGAACCUGGUGUCCCAAAAUCCAGGCUUCGCUGCGAAAGCCAAAGCAGGGUCUCAGUUUUGGAGACCGUACGAUUUUGAUGAUGCUAUGGACCUGAACAACGCCUGCUUUGAGCCUUGGUGUAUCGUGGACGCUACAGAAAUUGAACGGCUGCAAAAGAAGGUUACGUACGUAUGCGAUGGUCUACCCUAUACUUGGCCCAACGCAAAGUACAGCUACUCGGCAGCAACAGUCAGUUUUCGGUUCCUCGACUCUCUUUCCAACUCUACCCGCGAAACUAUCAGGAAAAUCGUGCUGCUAGAAGACCAUCAGUCCAUUGCGGACCCCGCAAGUCACGGCAGAGGGUACAUCACUCUCUGUCAAUCUCAUCCGAAAAUGCGAGUUGAGCGCCUGGUCUGUCUCUGGGAAACGGUGUUUCCUGUUGCAAAAUCCAGCAUGCGGGACUUCCUAUACGGCAGCCAGGACCUUGUUACGAAAGGAUUGUUGGAUGACGAACGAUGCCCUGCUGGUGAAAUAACCAAGGCCGUGGGUAUGUGGAUAAAAGAGGCCAUGGCUCUGUUUGCACUGGGUAUGCCCAAAGAUUCCUUCACGUUGGUACUCGAUGGCGACCCUAUCCCGGAACACACCUCCCACGUUUUUAGCACGCUUCAGCGCGAUGCGGCCUGGCAAGACGCCUUCGACGCCUGCUACGUCCGUGGUAUACUAGCAGAACCGUCCUGGUUUGAUCGACGAAUCAACCAAGGGUACAUGUAUGAAGGACUGCCUGAAGUGGUUCGCACGCUUUCGCCCAACAGCUCGCCAAUUCGUACGAACUUCCCUCUUGGUUCUGCGGAAUCAUAUGACGUCGAGCGGCUACUACGGGAGAAUCAAGGAUGGUCCAUCCAGGACUGGAAGGAAGGCUGGGCAAGACAUGAGCCGGAAGAGUUCCAGACCGAGGCGCCGCUGCCCCCAUGGCACCUUCUGCGUUGGGGUAACGUCAUUUUGUAA